AUGCUUUACUACAAGGUCAACGUGCUGAUAACAACCAUUGCCCCACUUUUUGGCCUUUCUGGAUCGGCAACGGUCUCUUCUACUGCUUUCCAAACCAUCAAUGGGAUCGGCGCAAGUGGUGCAUGGUGGCCUCUCGACAUCUACAGCUUUUCCGACGAGGUCAAGAAUAACGUCUCUGAAUUACUGUUUGGGAGAGAGGCUCUUUCGAUGACAUCAUAUCGCUAUAACAUUGGCGGAGGCGGUGUGCACGUUGGGACAAUUGGUCGUGCACCUGAAACAAUGUACAUCUCUCCUGGAGUGUAUAACUGGAGCGCAGAUCCGCAAGGGUCCUACUUUUUGCGUGCCGCAUCUGACCACGGCGUAGCAAUCUUGACGGCGUUCGUCAACUCGGCCCCGCCUGCUUUCACUUCGAACAAUCGCAGUUGCGGAGGCACGUUGGUCAAUGCCUCAAUACCGAAUUAUGCCACGUACAUCGUUGAUAUCGUCCAUCACUGGCGCGAAGAAGGCGUGCACAUCAACUUUAUCUCGCCGAUGAACGAGCCCGAUAAUGGAUUCAAUAGCGGUGACGAACUAUGUGGUCAGGAAGGGAUGAUUGUGGAACCAAAUCAGCGCGCAGCAGUUGUUACAACUCUACGUCGCACUCUCGAUGCAGCUGGGCUGAAAGAGGUCGGAAUAAUGGCAGACGAAUCUAGCAGCUACGGCACUUUUACCGCGGAUGCACCUUCCUGGUUGUCUUCAGCAGGACCAAGCCUAUCCGCUGUCAGCCACCACCAGUACGGUUUCGCCAAUAACGCGCAGGAUAUGGCUCUUGGCCAGACCGCCCGCAAUCUCUCGGGUGGUGUUCCUAGCUGGUUCAGUGAAAUCUGUUGUUUUGUAGCAAGAGAUGAGUCCCAACCGUUCGGCGCGUUGAAUUACGGAGGACGAUAUGAUCCAACAAUAGUGUCUGCUUUACAGACAGGCGGCCUCGUAUAUCAAGCAUUCACUCAAGCCCAGGACGAGCAUUUUGACUGGUGGCUUUCAGCAAGUAGUGGCCUUGGAUGUGACCCCCUGAGUGACGUAUCAUGCCCGUAUGAAAUCAACGCGGAUGGUUGGAAUGAUGGUCUUAUCUACUACGACAGCAAUUUUGCCACAAAUUCCAACUUCGGUGUAUAUCUGACCAAGCGCUAUUUCCUCUUCAAACAUUUCACCUGGUUCAUUCCGCCUGGCGCCGUGAGGCACGCUGUUUCCGGACUGCCAAGUACUGUCAACGCUCUCGCUUUUACCCUACCGUCAGGGGAAUUCAAGUGGACUAUCAUUGCAAUGAAUCUUUCUAACAGCACAACCGCGUUCGAGAUCAUCUUACCUGAAGCCUUGGUGGCAAGUAGAGCUUUCAGAACAUCUGCGUUGGAGGAUUGGGUGAGAGUUGACGACAUGGUAGCGGUAAGCGGGGCCAUAUUGAGCGUUCACUUAGCUGAGCUUAGUAUCACGAGUGUAGUUCUCUUGUAA